AUGUUAAUCAAUCCCUGGGACAUUAUAAAAAAUGUUCUGAUACAAGAAGAGCAGGAACUAGUACAGUUAAUAAAUAAAUUCAAAUCACAGUUAGAUGCUCUACGUACUGAAGAGACCGUGCUGGUGCAAAUGCUGAACGCUACGGGGGAACCUGCGGAAGAACAGAGUGCUGUCGUUAAGCAAGGGCAUGCAAAAGAUGGGGUGGCUCAAGAUAUCGAAAUAGCUGAAGCAAUGUGUCUUCUUCGUGGAUUAGAGAACGAGUCGGAAGAUGAAGACAAAGAUAUGAUGGAUGAGGAAGCAAUGCAAUUUGUAGAUGUUGACAUAAAGCAAGAGCCAAGUGAUGACUAUGAAGGCAAUGGUAAUAAUGCUUUUCAGCACAGAGAAGAAGUUGAUGAAGGAGAAGAUGAAGAAGUUGAUGAUAAUGAUGAGGAAAUAGAGAAUCAGAUGUUGGAUCUGAUGAUGAACAUUUAUGGAAACCUACAGUCGUAA